UUGGCUCACGUUGCUUCAAGUCACAGUUCUCCCAUCACAACGAUAGAGAAUACCAAACAGCCAUGAUCGCCCAGAUCGUUAUUUUGGCAGGACUGGCAGUUGCGCAGUCAACCGCAUUCCUGCCCGGCUGCGGCUGUGGAGGCUGGACUUUACCAGCUCCCCUUGGAGCAGGCUGGGGAUACCCGAGUGUCCUGGGGGGCAGCUGGGGGUACCCGAGCUACCUGAGCGGACAGUACCCUGCUCUGGUGGGAGGAGUUGGAUCAACUGGAAGCUCCGCGGCUGCGUCCAGUGCCUCUGCCGCCAGCGGACUUGGCUCGGCGUCGUCUUCGUCGUCGGCUUCUGCGGCCUCUGGAUCUUCCGGAACUCCUACUCCCGUAUAUGGAGGCUACGGCGGUCUCUACGGAGGAUAUGGAUACCCUGUGGGUGUUGGAGGCUGUGGAUACCCAGGAUCAGUUGGAGGUUGGGGGUACCCAGGCUCAAUUGGAGGGUGGGGAUACCAAGGAGUUGGCAUCGGUAGUGCUGCUGCCUCUAGCUCUGCUGCCGCUGGUGUUGGUUCUCUGGGAGGUCUUGGAGGAUACGGAGGUCUGAUCGGAGGUUGGGGAUACCCAGGAUCAGUUGGAGGUUGGGGAUACCAAGGAGUUGGCAUCGGUGGUGCUGCUGCCUCUAGCUCUGCUGCCGCAGGUGUUGGUUCUCUGGGAGGUCUUGGAGGAUACGGAGGUCUGAUCGGAGGUUGGGGAUACCCAGGAUCAGUUGGAGGUUGGGGAUACCCAGGCCCAAUUGGAGGUUGGGGAUACCAGGGAGUUGGCAUCGGUGGUGCUGCUGCCUCUAGCUCUGCUGCCGCAGGUGUUGGUUCUCUGGGAGGUCUUGGAGGAUACGGAGGUCUGAUCGGAGGUUGGGGAUACCCAGGAUCAGUUGGAGGUUGGGGAUACCCAGGCUCAAUUGGAGGUUGGGGAUACCAGGGAGUUGGCAUCGGUGGUGCUGCUGCCUCUAGCUCUGCUUCCGCUGGUGUCAGUUCUCUAGGAGGUCUUGGAGGAUACGGAUACCCUGGACUUACAGGCGGUUGUGGAAUUUGGUAAACUUGUGGAUACCAUCUGGUCAACACAGCUGCUACUUUCCCUGAUAUUUGCGCCAGCAGACACAAUGUUGGACUAUUUUUACUUAAAAACGAAAUCCUGAUUCUUUAUUUUACUUAUGAUGAAGAUACACAAAUUAAAAUCCGCAUUCACCUCUUUUCAGCGACAUUUAUCUGUAUGACUGUAAAUUUGUAUCAAAGUUUUUAUGUAAAUAUAAUAUUUAAAAUAUAUAGAA